CAUCAGUGUUGUUGACAGAAAACAGGUGAUGAGAGCAGCAGGGGAAGCUGGACGAUCAGCUGCGGCGUAAAUAUACAGUCUAUAACUUUUUUGUAUUAGUGAUCACAUUGAAAUGGCAGAUCAGGAUAUUCUAACAACGCUCAAGAUUCUUAUUAUCGGGGAGAGUGGAGUGGGAAAGUCUAGCUUGUUACUUCGUUUCACAGAUGACACAUUUGAUCCUGAACAAAGUGCAACAAUAGGUGUUGACUUUAAGGUUAAGCCAAUAUCAAUAGAUGGAAACACUGCAAAAUUAGCAAUAUGGGAUACUGCAGGGCAAGAAAGAUUUCGCACGUUAACUCCAAGUUAUUACCGUGGGGCUCAGGGAGUUAUUCUUGUGUAUGAUGUCACCAAGAGGAGCACUUUUGCAAAGUUAGAUAUGUGGCUUAAUGAGCUAGAUACCUAUUCUACCAAAACAGAUGUUGUCAAGAUGUUAGUUGGUAAUAAAAUAGAUAAGGAGAAAAUUGAAGUAAAUAGAGAAGAAGGCCUCAAAUUUGCACGACGUCAUGCUAUGCUGUUCAUUGAAGCUUCUGCCAAAACUAAGGAUGGAGUACAGUGUGCCUUUGAAGAACUUGUUCAAAAGAUCAUCCAAACACCAGGCUUAUGGGAAAUGGACCAAAGAUCACAGGGCGCCUUCAGUGUGUCCAACCAACGCACAGAAGAGGAGGCCUACUGUGGUUACUGCUCUGUUCUCUAGGGUCAUCUGGCAGCCAUGUUUUAGAAGAGUUCCUGGACAGUGUGAGAUGAGCAACUAAACCUUUAUUUUUUGCCUCACUCUUUUUAGUGAGAUUCAGUGGGUUUGAUUGGCAGAUUUCACACACCUCAUAUCUGAGCAAGCAAUGACAUUUUGCUCUGGUUGUUUUAUGAUCAGAGUUCAAUAACAAAUAUUGUUGAGAAAAACCAUGGACAAUAUUUUUUUUCUCUAAGAUGACAUGAAAGCUAUACUGAAUAACAGAUUAAGAUAUAUGUGAUAACAUCAAUAAUGAUACUAAACAGAAUGGAAAAAAUUGAAAUGGAUGUUUGAUAACUAAUAGCAGUUAUUAUAGUUUAGGAAUAGAUAGAAAAAACAUUAGGUAAUUGCUCAGGUUUUGGACAAAUAUUUGUAAUCAAAUUUCAUACUAAAAAUGUAUUCUGCUUGGAAGCUUUUUUUUUUAAUUCUGUAUGAUUUUUAAUAAAAGCAAAUAUAUAAAAAAAAAUUAUCAGAUUGAACUUGUAUUGCAAUACUGUUCUCUUUUAUUAAAUUUCUGAUCAUGAGAAACAGUUAGUUUGAAAUUAAAGUUUUAUUCUACAUCAGAACUUUUUUGCAUAUUACAUUUAAUACAAGUAGAAAGGUAAAAUCUGUUGCAAUUGGUUAUAAAGUAUGUCUCACUUGUUUAAUCGUAGUGCAUAAGGUGACAGAGCAUAUAUAUACAAUAUAAUGUAUACAUAUACAAUACACGGGGUAUUAAUUUCAUUUGUUUAGUAUUGAAUCUUCAUAUUUUCUUGAUUUUACCAGAUCCUCAGUUAUGAUUAAUUUAAGUGUGGCGUUACCCUGCAGUACCAUAAUGUAAUAGAUAAAUAAUAUUGAACAUUGGGUAGUAAAUGACACUCUGUCCAAAAGUAAUCUUCAUUCGAACUCAUUAAGCACAAACGCCAAAUUUUAUGGUGCCAGCAAAAAGUUUGAGGAUCCUUAUUAUGAAAAUACAUUUUUAACGUGGUCAUUCACCUCUUGUUCCCGAGAUUUUGAUGCUCAGUUUUGUUAAGCAAUGCAGUACAGUGGUGGAAACUGGAGGUUAAUUUGGGAGUCUUAUAACUAAUACUGUACUUGCUAUUUAUACAGUACAGUAUACAGUACAGUACAUUUAGUAGUCAUGACAUGUAAGGAUAUUUUCAUAAGAGCCUGGAUAAAAAAUAGAAAUGAGGAGAAGUUUGGCUACAAUAUCAUCCAUUAAAUAUAUGAGGAAAUAGUACAAGUUAAAGUGAUCAGCCACCAUCUUCCUUCCUGUCGUAGUCAUUCUGCACAUGCCAUUCUGUUUUCAUGUAGAAAAAGAGUACGUGAUGUAGGUAUGUAUUAUAUAAGAUUUUGUUGCAUAAAUGAACUUCAAUAAUAUUCAUGAUGGUAGCUUAUUACAAAGUACAACAGCAAGUAUUUUAAGAGGAAAUAUUAAGGUUCUGAAGUGGAAAUAUGUUUGAAACAUGAAUUUUAGGUCUUAGAAAUGCUUUAUGACUCUCAUUGAACCUUUAAAUAGUACUGUACUGUUAACAGGUAUUAUCCAUUUCAGAUGGCUUACAAAAAAUAAUUUUUCAAUGCAUUUUCAUAAUAAUUAACAUUAAUGAUUCUUUUUGCACUGAAUAGGCCAUAUCGUAAAAGCAUGUUGGCAUAUACAGAACUUUUCCCAUAUGAUACAUCAUAACAUUCUCACACCUACACCUGUAAAUGCAAAGGACCAAUAGAAGCAUCUCAGAUAUUUAAAAAAAAAACUUGUACAUGGUAAGGUUUGGGUAUUCCUUGUGUGUGACUCAGUCAUUACUGCAUGUAUUAUAAGGUAUAAAUGUGAGAAAUAACAUGGUUAACAGCUAAGAUAUUCAGUACUGUACAUUACAGGAUAACCCAGCAAAAUUGUGCUUGUAAAUUCACUUUUUUUGGUGUCAUACUAAAAUGCUCCCAGAAUGCCAAAACUGUGACCCCCUCACUUUGUAUCUUGGGCCAAGAAAGAAAUGGUAAAUUCAUGAAGGAAGUGAACACAAGAAUUCUAUAAAAAGAUCUUGACCAAUUUAGGUUAAGUUGAAGUGCAUGAAUUAUAAUGUAAUGCCUUUGACUAUUGUACAUUGUAAUAAAAUCAUUUGCACGCAUUCACCACUGAUUGCAGCUUACAGUAUGUUAUCAUGGUACUGCACAUGAAACUGUUCAUAAAAGUUUGUGUAUUGAAUGUUUUUCACUACAUAUGUAAAAUUAAGUAUAAUAAUAAUAUAACAUGCUGUUACAAAAUGAAGUAAUCAUUGAUUGAAAGAGAAACAUUAGUAACUAAGCAUCCAAGUCUUGGUCAAGCUGACACACUUUAACAGAUAUUUAGCAUCAGGUAAAGCAUCCUCUGUCACUCCCCUUGCAUCACAGUUACACCCUCUCUCACAGAAGUGCAGUGAUAUUGGUGAUUGUUUUGAAAAUACCCUGUAUGGUCACAAGAUAGCAGCAUCAUGUGCCCCUGAACUCAGCAAAUCUGUUUCGAAGAAUGUUGAAGGUAAAGAGUUUAAGAUCAAGUUUUUGGGCUACUGGAAAGUUAAUCAAUCCCCUGAGGACUACUGGCACCUUGUGCAUGUAUGUUGGUAAGUCAGUUAACCAAUAAUUUUUGCUACUUUUUUAUUUAUUUAUUUUUUGUCUUUUAUCUUUUUUGUUCUUUCCAUUCAUAUUUUAGUAUUCAUAGGUUCAAACACAUUAUGGUGCAUUUUAUUAAUAUAUUAUUAUCUGAGAUUUAUUUAUUGGAGGGUUACUUUGGAAUUACAGUACACUUUAUGUAACUUGGGUAGUUUGUAAGGCUUUUAGUAAUUCCAUUGUUGUGAUUUUGUGUUUUUGCAAGGGGUUACAAUUACUUUGCAUAAAUGCAAUUUUGCCUGAUUUUACUGUGUAUAUACAAGGGAAAUUAUUUAAGUAGAAAUUUUGAUAAAUGGGAGAUAUUAGUCCAUAUACAGUAUAAUAUUAAAAUGAGAACUAAAUAACAAAGUGAGGUUUGGAGCAAGAAAUCUAAAUUUUAUUAAAAAAAAAUUUAGUCUGCCUUUUCUUUUGUAAUGCUGCCCAUUAGCAGUUAAAGCCAACUAAUCUGCUAUUUUCCAGUUUGUAAUAUCUGUUCACAUCAUCUCUGUCACUGGGUUAUGUCCUCCCAUGUAAGAAAGGUCAGAUUAGUGUACGGGUGUUGAUUUGACUUCAACCAGCUGUAUAUACUCUAGAGUGAAUAAUGCCAAAGGGGUUAAAGCAAGGUGUUACAAUAUGGUAAUUGCAGAACAUGACUAGCAGAACUCUGAGCUAUUUGAAACCAGUAUCAUAAAUUCAUUACUUUCUUAGAUCAUAUGUCAUAGCAAUCAGAUUUCAUAAUGGGAGUGCCAUAAUAUAGUCCUGUGUUUCAGAAUAUACAUCUAAAACAGUAUUAAUAAGGCAAUGGGAUGUAGACCAGAGAUCAUCAGUUUUAUUGUCAUCAGAAUUUUGUAUGGAUACACUACACUACCAUUACUUUUUGGGUAUUCAAAAUUAUGCUUCUCUGUAAAUUGCACAAAUUAACCUGGCUGAAGACAAAUCUUUGCAUAGGUUACACAUACAAAUUGGGAACAUUGAAUGUAAAACGAUAUUCAAAUUAUAGACUUUCCUUUAAAUGUUUUCGUCAGUCGUAUCUUUAAUAUACAGUAGUUCAGAUAUAUUGCAAGUCUCUGAAAUUCUUGGGUAGAAAACACAACUGGGAACUUUAGUUAACCUAAUAAAAGCUUUAAUAUGUAUUUGUCUGUAAAUGAUAAAAAUGAAAGAAAAAAAGGUGCUUUUAAACAUGCAGAACAUGUGGUUAGGGUUAUAAUAGAAUGUAGUAGUCUUAGCUUUUAAUUUUUUCUUUUGUACGAGAGUAUUUGUAGUUAGUAGUAUUAAAUAUAUGUGUCAUCUGGACAUUUUUAUUUUUUGCAUCAAAAUGUGAAAGUCAAUAUAAGUAAAAUAGACAGGAUGGCUCUCUAAAGCAGUGAUUCCCAAACUAUAUCAUAUGACAUCCCCCUUUUGCUUUUUACCAAAGCUUCAUGCUCCCUCCCCCAUUUUUUAGAAUAAAUUUAAUCAAGUUUUAAUCGGUUUUACACCUUGUACUCUUAUUUAUAUUACUUUCAGGAUCAACUAACGUGUAAUUAUGUUAUCCAUGUAUCUCUUGCAUAUGGAGAAGAUCGAAAUAUACAGUACUAAAAAAAAUUAAA